GGGUUAACUGAGCCUGUGGGAUUGUGCUUACCUAAACAAAACCACUGCAGUGAGGGGGAAAAACAAUGAAUGGGUGGAGAUGAUCAGCCCGUGCGUUCCAGCUAGUGCAGCCCAGGCAGCAGUGACAGCCUGAAGGUUGCAGCAACAUCGGGAUCUGCGUUCCGAGUGCACAGAUCUUACAGUCUGGAGUGAUUUGACGCGGAGCUGCUCUUUAUUUGCUGAGCCAUGGCCAGUAACCAGGCCAGCCUGCAGGAUGAUCAGAGCAGGCACUGCAAGUUUUUAUCCUAUAUGUUCUACCAGGCUGUGAGAGAUCACAAGCCUGUGUGGAUGCUGGAAGACAUGAGAACUAUGGAGUAUUUUUACUGGGAGGAAAAUGCCAGCCUAAGAACCUACUCACCUUCAGAAGCCCUUCUCUAUGCAGUGGUGCAUAACCACCUGCCUUAUGCUCAGUAUCUGCUGUCUCAUUUUCCAGAGGAAGCUCUCAAGGUGCCUGGAGAACACUUCUGCUAUUGCCCAUCCUCUGCUCCUCACUUGGCCAUGGCGGUCACAUAUGACAGGAGGGAUAUUUUGGGGCUGAUCAUCAAAAUUGCACAUAAGCUCCCUAGCUUGAACUCCUACAUCAACAGGACUGGCUGCUUUCAUCUGGAAGAUGGGAAAACCCCCCUGCACCUUGCCUGCGAACUGCUGAGGUCAGAGACAGUCCUCAUCCUCCUAGGGAAUGGAGCUUCUCCCAGGAUAGAGGACAGUAAAGGGCUCACCCCAUUGGAUGUCAUCCUGGAGCAGAUGUGGGACUCCAAAGUCAAUGUGGCAUCAAAGAAGCUCUGUCUCGACUACCUCUUGCUUUUCAUGCCCAACCCACAGUUUAAGAUGCGGAAAGCUCUGCAGGAGCAUCCAGACCACUGGACAGCCUUGCUGGGGGAAGACAAAUUCAACAGCCUGGUGGGGAACACACCUGCUUCUUUAUAUCUGCAAGCUAUGCAAACUAUUCUCCAGACUCUUCCCCCCUCCCACUUCCCUAAAAGCAUCCAGGAACUACCUAUACCUCAGGCACUAAAGCCCUUACCAUCCUAUGGCAAAAAGCUACCAACAAAAAAUGUGCAUCACUAGCAGGAAGAACAGACCAGAUUCUGACCUCUGUUACAGCUCUUUACACCUGAAGUAAGGCUUUUAAAGUCAAUUGUAUCACUCAUAAUGUUUGUUAGCCUAAAAGAGAGCAGAAACUCUUUGUGCACUUACAUUCUUCAAGGUUCCCUGAGUGACUUCAGCAGAUAACUUGAUGUGAUGCUUAAUCCCUGAAAACAUUUUAUAUCUUUUUGGUACUCUGAAUGUAUGCAGAGAUCUUUUUUUCAUCUCACCAGCAGGCAUUUCAUAGAAGCAUAAAAUCAUAGAGAGGUCUGGGCUGGAAAGGACCUCCAAAGGUCAUCUAGUCCAAUCCCCCCCACAGAAAGCAGGAACAUUCUCAACUAGAUCAGGUUGCCCAGAGCCUUGUCAAGCUUCACCUUGAAGAUUUCCAGGGAUGGGGCCUCAGCUAUUUCCCUGAGCAAUCUGUUCCAGUGUUCCACUACACCUCAUGGUGCAGAACUUGUUCCUAACAUCCAAUCUAAAGCUAUUUUUCUCUAUUCUGAAGCCAUUGCCCCUUGUCCUGUCACUGCAGGCCUUUGCAAACAAUCUCAGUCUCUCUCCACCCUUCUUGUACCCCCUAUCAGGUAAUGGAAAGCUGCUAUUAGGUCUCCUUGGAGCCUUCUCUUCUCCAGGCUGAACAAGCCCAGCUCUGUCAGCUCUUCCCUGUUCCCAGUUCCUUUGACUUUUCUGGAAUCAGCAUGACAGUGACAGAUACUGCUGUUCACUGCCUGAGACUGAAUGUUGCCCUGUCUGAGUACAAAGAAAUGUUCAUUGUGUGACACAACUUUCUUACAAAGCCAUACUUUUGUAAUUUGGGGCUCUCUUUUUUUUAAGGGUUAAAAAAAAAGAAGAAGAAUAAAGAACUCUUCCCUGCAACUGUGUUUGUACAUCAUUUGCUGCAUGACUAAAGAGAGAAAAAAAAAAAGAGAUUGUAAAGUGCUAGGAAUAAAAUCUCUGUACAUGCCCUGGUGUAAUUAGGUCUAUUAGCUGUAUAAAUAAUUUGAUUUGAUUGUAUUGCUACAAUAAACUUGCAGUUUAAACCUGA